AUGGCUUCCUCUGCCAUUCACAUGACCCAUCUCGGCGAGCGGUCAUUCAACCACAGCGCCGGCAAUGACGCCGAGGCCGAGUAUGACCGUCUCCGCGACCUCGCCCGCAAGGAGGCAGGCAAGCGCUCGUCCUGCAUGGACCGCUCCCACCAAGCCUACCAAAAGGGCGACGGCGCCGGCGCCAAGGCCCUGUCGGAAGAGGGCAAGAAGCACGCCGCGCAGAUGGACAUGUACAACCGCCAGGCGUCCGACUAUAUUUUUCGGGAGAACAACGCCGUCGGCCGCGUCGCCGCCGACACCAUUGACCUGCACGGCCAGUUUGUCGAAGAGGCCGAGCGCAUCCUGACGGACCGCAUCCGGGCUGCCCAGUCCCAGGGCCAGAACCACCUGCACGUCAUUGUCGGCCGUGGCAACCACAGCGUGAACCACAUCCAGAAGAUCAAGCCGGCCGUCGAGCAGCUGUGCCGCGAGCUCGGCCUGCAGUAUGCCACCGAGCCGAACGAAGGCCGCAUCUACGUGAACCUGCAGGGCGGUGCCGUCGACGGCGCGCCGCCGCUGCCGCCGCAGCCGUCGGGCCACCUGGGCGGCUACCAUGGUGGUGGCGGCGGCGGCGGCGGCUACCCGAGCCAGCCUCAGAACAGCUACGCCGGCGCGGCGCACGGCAACCAGUACCCGUACCAGCAGCAGCAACAACCGCACUACCAGCAGCACCACCAGAACCAGCACCAGAACUACAACAACAACAACAACGACCAGAUGGAGCAGCAGAUCGAGCAGGCCGUGGUCAAGUGCUUGCCGCGGUUGCUCAAGAACUGCUGUACGAUCAUGUGA